CCAGAUAUGGCCCAAAACCAAGUUAAGAAAUGGAAAUAAUAUAUAUAUAACCUUCAUUUUCUUUAGGGUUUCUCACUUUCUCCUCUGCCUACAUCUCUUCCACCAGCCAACUAUCGGUACCACCACGAUCCCCCCUGAUAUCAAGAGGCAUGGAAGUGGUGGCUUCGGUUGUUGGUGAAGCAGUGGUAGCAACUGGCCGGGUUCUCUGUGGCUCUAUCUAUUCUAUGAUCAAGGACAUUGUCAAAUUCCAAUCAAACCUUGACAUUUUGGACAAGGAGAUGAAAGGCCUCUUGGCUGUCAAAGAUAAAGUGAAAAAUGAAACAGAAAUAGCUGCGCAAGAAGGAAAAGCACCAGUUACAAAGUGGCUUGAGGAGGUUGAAAAGCUUAUGCUUAAAGUCAAUCAGAUUCAAACGGUAAAGCUUUCUCGACGGUCCUUGAAUUGCAGUAAACGGUAUAGAAUAAGCAGAGAAGUGGCAAAAAAGCUCAAAGAGAUAGAAGACCUCCUAAAAGCUGGGAGUUCACAUUCUGGUGUUGUGGUUGGGAAUCAUUCAAUGCCCAGAGCAGUGGAGCACAUUCCUGGACCAACAAUUCAAGAUCAAACAACUUCAUCAAAGAAUUUAGCCAAAACUAUGACUUUAUUGUCUGAUGAUGAAGCCCGUAGGGUCGGUAUUUGGGGUAUGGGUGGGGUAGGCAAGACUACGUUGGUAAGAAACUUGAACAAUAAACUCAAGAGUAUUUCUUCAAUUCAGCCUUUUGGCAUCGUCAUAUGGGUUACCGUUUCCAAGAACUUGGACAUGAAAAGGGUCCAGACACAAAUAGCUCAAAGAUUGAAUUUGAGGGCAAAAAUGGAAGAGAGCCUAGACCGAAUGGCUAUUCGACUUUAUCAAAGACUGGAGGAAGAAGAAAAAUUUCUACUCAUUCUAGAUGAUGUUUGGAAGAAAAUUGAUUUGGACAGUUUGGGUGUCCCACAACCUGAAGUUCAUAAGGGUUCUAAGAUCAUAUUAACAUCUCGAUCUUUGGAUGUUUGUAGGGACAUGAUGACCGAUGUUGAAGUUAGAGUGGAAGUUUUAAAUGAUGACGAAGCUUGGCAAUUGUUUAGUAAAAAUGCAGGGAAUGUGGUUAGUUUGGAACACAUUGGACCAAUUGCAAAAGAAAUUGUUAGAGAAUGUGGUGGAUUGCCUUUGGCCCUCGUCACCAUGGGAGCUGCUAUGAGAAAAAAGAGAAAGGUCGAGCAGUGGAAGCAUGCCUUAAAUGAAUUGCAAAGACCAGUGUCUUGUCCACCACACAUCGAGUAUAAGAUCUAUAAUCCAUUGAAGUGGAGUUACGACUCAUUAGAAGAUGAAAAUAUAAAAUUUUGUUACCUGUAUUGCUCUUUGUUUCCCGAGGACUUCUCAAUUGCAAUAAGUGAACUCGCACAGUGCUGGCUUGCAGAAGGUUUGCUAGUUGAAGAAGAAAACUAUGAGGAUUCAUUCAAUAGAGUAAUUGUUUUGAUUGAAAAUCUGAAGGAUUCUUGUUUGUUGGAAGAAGGUGCUCGUGAGGACACUGUAAAGAUGCAUGACGUUGUUCGUGAUGUUGCUAUAUGGAUUGCGUCGUCUGAAGAUGGAUGUAAAUCCCUUGUUCAUUCAGGGAUUGGCUUGAGCGAAAUGUCAGUUGACAAGUUAUCAUAUUCUCUCAAAAGAGUUUCGUUCAUGAAUAACAAGAUAAUAAGGCUGCCAGAUUGUGUAGUACAAUGUUCAGAGGCCUCCACUUUGCUACUACAAGGUAAUCAUCCCCUUGACAGAGUUCCUGAGAGAUUUCUGCAAGGAUUUGAAGCACUUAGAGUCCUGAAUAUGAGUAGAACCCGCAUCCACUCAAUGCCUCUUUCUCUACUUCAACUUGGUGAACUUCGUGCUCUUCUUUUAGGGGGUUGCUACAAUCUCAAAGAAUUACCCCCGCUGGAAGGGCUUAGUAGACUUCAAGUGCUUGACCUCUCUGCCACUCGUAUCAGAGAAUUGCCGAGAGGGACGGAAAACUUGUGCAACUUGAAGCAACUGAACCUAUCCCAAACUGACUACCUAAAAACCAUUCAAGCUGGAGUUAUAUCUUGGUUGUCUUGUUUAGAGGUUCUGGAUAUGACACCGAGUGCUUAUUGUUUCGGUGUGAAGAGAGAUGUACAAGAGGAAAUGGCAUGUUUUGAAGAGCUAAAAUGCCUUGAUCGAUUACUUGUCCUCUACAUCAGAUUGGAGAGAAUCCCAUAUUUCAGCGACGAAGAUCUUUCCUGGAUAGAUAGAUUAAGACAAUUGCACUUUUCGAUUGGCCCAAUGGGGAAAUUCUUACCAACUAGACAUGAAAAAAGGGUAGUGUCUAUCAGGUGUCUUGAUCUUUCUUUAGAAGAAUGAAUUGGGCCAUUGUUGAGUCAUGCAAGUUCUAUCAACUUAGAUAAUUGUUUGGGACUGAGUGAUAUGCUAGAAGACUUGGUCAUUAACAGUGCUGGCAGCUUUGCUGGUUUAAAAUCUCUUACUAUUGAGAGCUGUAGCGGCA